CCGGCUGUGGUCGCCGGCCUCCGGCGCGCUGCGCGUGCGUGGCCACAGGAGGCCGGAGUUUUUCGGGUUGUUGCUCCGGAAGAGCCGCUCGUUGUGCGGCCCAGUGUAGCCCGUUCGUGCACCUCUGGGGGCUGGGGCCCGUCCGAUUCGCAAACGCCAUGGAGACGGUGGUACCUGCGCGGUGUCGGGGCUAAAUCGUGCAGGCAGCGGAGCGAGGGGCCCAGAGCCCCGGGUCAAACCGGAGACUGUGGAGUAGGCGGCCCAGGCGGCAAGGCCGGAGACCACCGGGACGUUCCCAAAACCGGCGGCAAACCGACCACAGGACACAAAUGCAGUUGCCAUAGUUGCCUGUUCAGCAGAGGAAAAUCUGCCCAGACUUGAACAGAAUUUACAACAUUGCCUGCUUCAAAUAUGGAUGAGCAGGAAGCUUUAAAGUCCAUUAUGAAGGACCUGGUUGCCCUGCAAAUGGGACGAAGGAGCCGAAUGAGUGGCUAUGACAGCGUGAAGAGUAAAGCCAGUGUCCAUGCCAACAAGCAGAAUGAUGUCCGAAUAAAGUUUGAACAUAAUGGUGAAAGAAGAAUCAUACAGUUUAGCCGUCCAGUUAAGUAUGAGGAACUGCAUCAGAAAGUCAAGACCGUGUUUGGGCAGCUAAUGGAUUUAAACUACACUAACAAUGAGCUAUUAAUUCCAUUGCGAAGCCAGGAUGAUCUUGACAAAGCUGUUGAUUUGCUAGAUCGAAACUUUAACAUGAAGAGCUUGAAAAUCUUGCUGGUAGCGCAGGAGAAAAACCACACGUCACCAGCUUCUUCAACCGUUACGAAGCAACUCCGCAUUAAGGCUUCUCAGUCAGUGGGCGACAUCCUCAGCACCAUCCCUCAGCCACCAGAGUCACGGGGCAGGCACCUCUCUGUUGGUUCUCAGAACACAGGUCGAAGCUCACCACCCCCAGGAUAUGUACCAGAGCGACAACAGCGGAUCGCUCGCCAGGGAUCCUACACCAGCAUUCACAGUGAAGGAGAAUUUAUCCCUGAGAAUAUGGAACAAUGUAUCUACGAACCCCAGAGCAGUACUGAAAACUCCAUUUCAGGCAGCUGCCAGUCCUUGGAUAAGAGAGCAGAAAGUCCGUCAUAUCGAAAAUCCCGUAUGUCCAGAGCGCAGAGUUAUCCUGACAACAGACAGCUGUACCUGGACCGUGAGAAUCAUGUCUAUGAUAAGGCUGGAAAAGGGGGCACCUAUCCCCGACAGUUCCAUGUGCCUGUGCACCAGAAAGAUUAUGGUGAUGGACGGAGAACCUUCCCAAGGAUUCGCCGACAGCAAGGGAACCUGUUCACCCUCGUCCCUUCCAGCAGGUCACUGAGUACAAAUGGGGAGAACAUGGGUUUGGCUCAGUACAUGGACAGCAGGGGGAGAAUUCGCAGUGGUGACAUCGAAAAUACACUCUCCGUGCAAGAGAGGAAUGUUCCCACUAAAUCACCAAGUGCACCUACCAACUGGAGGAGAGGAAAGCUGCUGGGACAAGGGGCUUUCGGACGUGUCUACCUCUGUUACGAUGUAGACACAGGACGCGAACUUGCUGCAAAACAAGUUCAGUUUGACCCUGAUAGCCUUGAGACUAGCAAGGAAGUAAGCGCGUUGGAGUGUGAGAUUCAGUUACUGAAGAACCUACAGCACGAGCGAAUAGUGCAAUACUAUGGCUGUCUCCGUGAGAAAGCAGAGAAAACUCUUUCAAUUUUCAUGGAGUAUAUGCCUGGGGGUUCAGUGAAGGAUCAACUGAAAGCCUAUGGCGCGCUAACAGAAAAUGUGACCCGAAAAUACACCAGGCAGAUUCUGGAAGGUGUGUCCUACUUGCACAGUAAUAUGAUUGUACAUCGGGAUAUAAAGGGAGCGAACAUUUUGCGAGACUCUGCGGGGAAUGUGAAGCUGGGUGACUUUGGAGCAAGCAAACGUCUGCAGACAAUAUGCAUGUCAGGGACCGGGAUCCGCUCAGUCACUGGGACGCCAUAUUGGAUGAGCCCAGAGGUGAUCAGUGGUGAAGGUUACGGAAGGAAAGCAGAUGUUUGGAGCCUGGGAUGUACGGUGGUGGAGAUGCUCACAGAGAAACCUCCCUGGGCUGAGUAUGAAGCUAUGGCUGCCAUUUUCAAAAUUGCCACUCAGCCAACAAACCCCCAGCUGCCAUCUCACAUUUCAGAUCACUGCAGGGACUUCCUGAAGAAAAUAUUUGUGGAUGCAAAGCAAAGACCAUCAGCAGAGGAACUGUUCAGAAAUCCAUUUGUCCAGUUAAUUCACUGAUGGAGGUAGCUUGCUUGGAAGCUGGAAAUAUCUUAAUAAUAGUAUUUUGUUUAAAACUGUCUAAAAGGUUAUUAUACCUAGUGUUCCAUUCAGUAAGUAUACUCAGUAACACCAAUUACAUGAGUGCCUGUACCCAAGGCAACAGUUUAGUCCUGUGGUAUAGGGAAAUGCUGAAAAUAGCUGGACAAAUACACAAUUCUCAAUGCAUUUACAGACAACAUCGAAAGUUUCUUCAGAAGGUCUCAUCUCAACACAUACGCCAUCAACUGGACAGAGUGCAGUAUUUCCACAGACCCUGGAACACUCCAUGAAAACAGCUUGUUGUUACACAGAACAAGAGAUUUCAAACAUUAUGCAAAACAUGGUUUACUCUCAUGCAAAAUGGAAGGAAUGCAGCUUUUUUGGGAACGCAUAUAUUGUAUUUUUACUCCCAAAAUUCAAAAGCGGCCUUGGCGACAUUCUAUUUAGUUUUCUCCAUCUGUCUAUUUUCAUACACAUUGGAGGCAAGGUUUUGUACAAGAAGCUGUGCUUAAAUAAUUCUAGUGAGGUCAGAGAUACAGGCUGCCAGCUUUCCACCUCACCUGUUUCUAUCAAGCUGAUGCUUCAACCCGGAAUGGGGUGUGUGUGUGAGUGUGAGUGAGUGAGUGAGACAGACAGACUGACUGCAUGUGUAAGUACAUAUACAUCUAUUGUUUACCAAAGUCUAAUCAUUUGUUUUUUGCAACCUUGAAUUUCCUACUCAGUAAGACAAGAUCCAUAUCAAGGCAAAUGGUAAUGUGGCUACCUUAUUUAAUGCCUGGUAACUGGUUCUGGUGAUGGAACGUGCAAGUUCCAAUGUACUUUUAACAAGGCAGCCAGUGACCAUGUUAUGGAGGGGAAACAAGAGGGAAGACAAAUGUCACUUUUCAUUUGUUUCGUGUUUUAAAGGUGCUAGUUCUCACAACUGAAGCAAAGAGGUGCACUCUCCCAACUGCACCAUAUGCCUUUAGGUUUGUUAUAUAAAACAAAUGCAAGUUUCCUAUUUGCUAAAUGUUAGUAUUCUGCCAGUGAAUCUUCAGUUCAACAAAGUAAUGACACUGAAAUUAACUCAAGAUCUUAUGUGAAUAAUUGCAUAUAUCAGUAGAGAGACAUGUUCAUUCAGAAUUGCCUUUCCAUGUGACUCAGCCACUUUGGAAUUAGCAGGGUUUUGGCAAAUCCUUGGUAUCUGCAGCCAGUGAUGGGCAACACCUCUUUGUGCAAUUGACUUAGCAUUACAGUUUUACAUUGAGACUUUCCACAACACAGCUGAACACACAGCCAUCAAAUCGCACAAACAGUGCUGUCAGAUUGUACCAGUGUUUUUAAUGUUCCAUGGAGGUUCUUGGUUAUGGCCUCACUUACACUGUCAGUUGAAACUGGUAAACCCUGAUGUGUGCUGGCAAGAACUGUUCCAGCAGUACUUGUUCAGAGUAUUGUUAAUGGCACUGCCACUCUACAUCUAUCAUGCUACAAAUGGGUGCCUGACGUUUUUCUUUGUUGCUAGCCUGCUGCCUGUUUUUUGACAAAGUUAAAAAUCACACAAACCAGAUUAUUGUCCAACAGGUUUAUUUGGAAGCACUAAGUUUAUUUUGGAACGCUGCUCCUUCAUCAUAUAGUGCUUCCAAACACCGGCUCCUCCAAUCAUCUGCUUUUUGAUACAGUUGAUGACUUCUGGUCAUGAAUACCAUACUUUGGCCAUAUAAAAAUAAAGUGGUAUUGACAAUUUAAGACACACGUCACAAUGGAGGACAGCAGGGGCUAGGAUGAUCAAUGUUGCUCAUUGUGGUCUUACAUUUUUUGUUUAGUGUGACAAUACACCAGAUCAAAACUCCGUCCCACCACACAUCGGCUGCCAUUUAGCUAACUUGUUAAACAUGUUUUUACUUCAGAAGUCUUCAUUUAAACUAAUGCUGGCCACAGCUGUAGCUCCAUUCCCCCACCUUAUUGCACAGACAAUCCCAGACAUCCUCAAAAUGAUGCAAUGGAGGUAUUGCCCAUCGUUUGUAUCCAGUACUAUCACUAAGUUAAAGAACAAAGGGACAAAGAUAUAUGUUCGGUAAAGGCUUAAUGCCAACUGCUUUCAGCUCUGUGAAGAUGCACUUUCUUGAAUGUAUUUUGUACUGAACUUAUUUUUUAACUUCCUCUUUGCUGAUGUAAUUUAUGCCUCUUUAUACUUUUAUUUUAUUUUUUAUUUAUACCAGAAAUGCUAUUUGAUGGUUUUAUAUAUAUAUUUAUAUAUAAGACUUGAGACUGUUGCAUAAAUCUAAUGCAAAUACAGUGCCUUUAAGGAAAAGCAGCUGGUUUUGCAGCAGUUGGUGGGAGAUUUUGAGUACCAUUCUGUGCUGCCCAGUGCAUCGUGCAGAGAUGCAUGUAUUCCACCAUCCUUACGUGACUGGUCAUAAUGUAAUUGUUGUUAACAGCAUUGAAGUUGUUGCCUUCAACCAGAUGAUCACUUUUAUUUAAUGUUUCUCAUGAGAUGAUCCACCACAUUGCUGAGGAUUUGGAGUCAGAUUUAAGCCACAUCAUGUAGGGAGUGCAGAUUUCCUUCUUAGAAGGACAUUGGUGAACUCAGUGGGCUUUUGCAACAAUAGUUUUAAAUGAUUGUUACUGAGACUAACUUUAUACUCAAAUUUAUUUAUUAACAUUCGACAAGAUUCUAUGGUGGGAUUGGUACUUGUGUCUCCAGAGCAUUAACCUGAGCAUCUGAAUUGGGGAGGGAAGACCUAGUCGUAUUAUUACUGAGCUCUAAAUCCUGAGACCCAGGUACUGUUCUAGGGACCUGGGUUCGAAUCCUGCUGUGGUGAAUGGUGGAAUUUGGACUGAAUAAGAGUCCGGGAUUAAGAGUCUAAUGAUGACCAUUGCUGAUUAUCAGAAAAAUCCGUCUCGUAGAAACAUAGAGAUAUACAACACAAAGAGAUGCUUCAGUCCAACUCAUCCAUGCCAACCAGAUAUCCUAUAUGAAUCUAGU